AUGACUGCUUACGAGGGUGAUGAUCGACAUUUUUGGCGACGCAUCCGACGCGAACUGUUUGGUGACGGUUUUCCGAGCCAGCAUCUCCACAAGUACAAACCACAGAUCAAGAAAUACCUCGAGUCACUCGCCAAAAGCGGUUGGCUUUCAGAAGACGAAGUUUCAGGCUCGGAAGACCUUGCGCCAAUACGUAUUGUCGAGCUCGACGUGAGCAAGAUCGUGGCAAGUUCUGACGUGCCACAGGCCCUAGGAGGCAGAACGCCCGCAGACGACGACUUGCAGAGUAGAGGACCCGGAAGUCUUGAUUUCCAGGCCAUUGAUGUCCACCCAAACCACGACGAACACGUGUGUGAUGUGAGUCGGAGAAAACUGCGGUACUUAUCGCCAUAUUGCGAAUCCGCGGACGAGGACGCUAGCGAGACUCGACCUGGUGACCCACCACUACAGGCAGAUGGCCCAUUACUACAACUGAUCGAACCCGAAUCAUCGUCACAAUACAGCAGAAUCGGCAUGGCUGAUUUCAAAGGCCACGAACACUCAGCCAAGUAUACAGCGGCGCGAGGGCGCACGGCAACGUCUAGUGGGAUCGCACGCAGCCACAGGCCACUAAAGGAUACCAACAGUGACGGCAACCGACUCAAGCACCAAUCGCUUGUUCAUGAAGCCGCAUCCACCCCGAGCUUUGGUAGUACCGGCGUAUCAUCCGAUUCUGACGAUAUCAAUGUGCGCCGUUCCCGCAUGCCCAGGACCGCAGGCUACAGAGGUGCUCUCUGCGCGUUGGGAUACCCAUUCCUGGUCGAGGCAAAGCACUAUCUGGGCCUCAUUGCCUUGAGUAGGAGACAGCGAGAGGGCUUGGCAGAAUGGUAUGAAAGGUACUGGCAAGUCAUGGAUCAAAAAAAGACUGUUCAAAGAGACACAGAUCACGACGGCGACUCUAAUAAACCUUGGCGCUGGAUCACUCCACAAGAUCCCCACGUCGAUGCCGACACCUGGCAAAUGGAACUGUGGCGACCUGCAAUGUCCCCUCAACGCGCUAUAUCCCCCCAACGUGCUGGACACUCGUUCAUACUUGCUCAUUGUGGCUACGAAGAUGAUCUGUCUGUCGACGAGCAUCUCACGACAUCUAGACUUGCUCACUAUGGUGAUCAACCCAGGGACCAUCAGGAGAGGAGGCCAGUGGUCGAGGAUAUGGAAGGCAUUAGACUCUUGUGGCAUGACUCCUAUCAAGCAGAGGAGUCCUCGACGGCAGGUAGCACUUGGAUCUCAAAGGACCUCAUCAAGGUUGAGGCACUCUCAGAUCUGGGCUGGGCAUUCGUAGAAGACGAUCGAUACUUCUUGCUGGAUCAGGCACUGGACGAUUGUCAAAUUGACAGGCUCUUUGAUGUAUCCGUUCAGUAUAACGAUAAAGGGUUCAAAGUGCGGCCGCUCAGAUAUCCAUCUGUCCCACAAGCACAGCCUCUGAAACGCCACUCAGGCUGGAUAUUGAUCGUACAUGAUGCAGAGAGCUCAUUGUAG